GGCUUAGGUACUAACUCGGCCACGACGAUGGCUUCAGAGAGACGACAUAAUCAAUGAUUAUGUCGUCCUGCUCCGCAAAAGAUAAACUAUGGCGAGAUCUUUCCCAUUUGCUUGUUGCUUUUUUUCUUCACCUUUUCCCUCCAUUCCUUUUUUCCUCUUUUCUUCAGCAUCCACCAUACAUUGUGAAUGCUGGAUACUCCAACUUUACCUACAAGCCACAAGCAUACUACCAAUUCACUUGACUCUUAAGUGAAUUUCAACUCGGUUUGUGUCUAUUUUCUCUCUCGCGGGUUUCUUUUCAUCUGCUUUCAAUUUCGUUUCCAAUCACUUGUCUCGUCCUUUUUUUCUUUUCUACCUUUCAUUGCUAAGUUUCUGCCAUCAAUUAAUGAUGGACAAAUUGGAGAUGGAACCUUGGGGUUCCCCCAAGAAAUCAAGAAUGCUUGGAGAAGACGAAGACGGCGUUGAGCCUUCCCGGGUGGAGCCGGCCCGAACCGAAAUUGCCGACCCGAGACGCCAAUCAGGUCUGAGCUUAAGCUCGAGCUUGAAUAGCUUGAACCCUCGUCGUUUGAAUGCGCGAGUUUGGCCUUCAUUGCCCCCCGUUCCUUCAACCAAUCAGAGUGUUUACGAUCAGGAUCACGACUACGAUUCUGAUGAUUCUUGCAAAUCUAACCUCACUAUUACCCCUAAGAGAUACGCUACGGCCGUAGCCGAUUCCCGCCGUAACCAACGCAGUUCUUCCGUCUACAACUUCGACUUGAUUAAUCGAUACCUACGAUACGAAGACGAUUCUAUUGGCAGUAGUACCACGCUGGCUUUGGGUGAUAGUGAAGAGAUGGCGCCGAACCACGCCGCGAAAAACGGCGUGGCAGAGCCUCAGGUGACUACUGUUGGUCCCAACUUAGGAACUAUCAAAGUUGGCCACCAAUACAUCUGCGAGUGCUACAUUCGUCGCAUGUUCGCCGAGAAGCAUUUGGAUGCUGCGCGCGAGGCUAACUACCGCCUACAAGGUGUUCAGGUCAUCGAUUCCACUCGUGAGGCUCUCUUACUACCGGUUAAGACUUACAACACCGCUUGCACCUUCUACCACCGUUUCCGCCUAGAGCACCCUACUCACGAUUACAACUAUACCGAUGCCGCUUUAGCCUCCCUCUUCGUCGCAUGCAAAGUUGAGGACACACUCAAGAAGUCGCGUGAAGUUCUGUGUGCUCAUCACAACCUGAAGAACCCGGACCACCCGACCACCCAGGAUGACAAGAUCUUUGAUCAGCCUUCGAAAGUUGCGAUCGGUAUCGAGCGAUACAUGGUAGAAGCCAUCAGCUUCGAUUUCCGCGUUCGAUAUCCCCAGAAGAUUCUCACAAAGAUCAUUAAGAGCGUCCUUGGAACCUCGACGGAUGUCUCAAGCUUCUUUCCGAUUGCCUUCAAGAUGUCCAUUGACAUGUACAAGACCUAUGCGCCUCUAAAGCAUAGCUCAUACACAUGUGCUCUCGUCACUGCGCGACUUAGUGCGCUAAUCACCAAUCAAUUCGUCCGCGAGUUCCAAGCACUCGAUCCGCUUGACUGGCACACAGAUGAGCAGUGUGUGGCCGAAGUUAUGCUCGAUGUACUCGACCUUUACACGCAGCAUGGCAAGUCCACGAAGGUCGGUUCUAUGUUUGACCUCCAGGUAUUCAUCGACACUCAAAUCUCCGUCAACCGAUACGUCGAGCGCACUCACCUCUCUCGCUACCUGAACCAGUGCCGAGAGUGUCAAUCCACUGUACCGGCUACGCCGUCGACAGGUUCACCCGGAUCACUGAGUGCGCCUUCCGCUGCUGGAACUAGUACCAUCAAGCGCGGACCCAAGGGCGCCGACGGAGGCACCACGCGAUUCCUCUUCGACACUGACGAAGCCGUGCUGGAGAAGAAGACGUAUGACGAGUACACCAAGGAUGAAUGGGAAGAAUGGGAGGAGGAAGUCGAAGAAUCCGUCCCGGACCCACGCGACGAUCGACGCCCUGAACCCCGCGGUCCUAGAGGUCCUCGCGGACACGGUCAUGGACGUGGUGGCCACGGCCGAGGCGGAUUCGACCAUGGUUGGACUCCUCGCAACCGCCACGAUCGCCGCCGUCGCGGUGGCGGCUUCUACUGAUUUUCCCCCGAGGACAAUUAUGAGAUUAUCUCAUAUUUUUCAAACUGCGACUACAGCAGUUCUUCAUAAAAGUUUCAUCGGCGGCUCAAUUUGACGGCCAUUUGCAUUUGGCGGCGUACGGAUCGAUAAGAUACCCCAUUCUCGGAAUUCGCAUUAAGGAAAGGACGUUUAGGCGCAGGGUUGAUGCUACGUGAAGGCAUCUCAAAAGGAAUCGGAUUUUCACAUUAGGCGCUUUUACGAUUUCGGCCACACAGGCCCGGAAAAGACGCAUAGAAAAAAUAGCCUAAGCUUUAGGCACUCGCUUUGUUUGUAUCGUAGCAUUAGCUACAUUGUAGGUUUUUUUUCAAUUUUUCUCGCUCUUGCGUUGAUCAAGCACAAAACAGAUAGUCUAGCACUACUGAACUACGAGGUAGUUUUCGCUUUCGGUGGAUUUCUGCGUUACUGGUAUUUGAUUCGUCAAUGCUAGGCAAUACGAUUGAUUUUCUCAUGUUUUAUUCAUACUCUUUGCCUUGGUGAAUCAUUAUGUUGAUGGAUGGAGUGCAUGUGGGAAUGAGUGAUUAUUAGGUCGUGAGCAUAUGAGAGCUAUGAUCUCGCAAUGUUGUAAGGUAAUAACCCGACUU